AUAGCUCGCCAUUGGGUUCCCUCGUUGUCCUCCCUCCCUGUCUUUGGAGACGGAGACAGAGACAAAGACAUCUUGACAAGAGACAAGAGACCGCCCUGGAUUUUUGUCGGCUUUAUUUUGGGACAUUUCUCUGAUUGGCUCAAUCUCUUCUGAUCCAUAUCAACAAUCCUAAUUUUUAUUAUCUCACACCUCUCUUUACACUCUACUGAUAAUUGAAUCAACGAUUCCUUGACUAAAGCUCAACUCCACCCCAAAAUUCUACCCCUCAAACACCAUUUACAUAUACAAUAAUGGCAUCAAUCGCAAGGAGUUUAAGGCCAUGUGCCUCAAAAAUUACAUCCAGCACUUUUAAGACGGUUCCGUCGUGGAGAUCUUCAUCUUUUGGAGCUGUUCGAGCUUUCUCAGUAUCUAGAGCUGCUUUCAACAAGAAGUAUACCAAAGACCACGAAUGGAUUCUCCUCUCUUCCGAUAACAAGACUGGCACAAUCGGUAUCAGUGAUUAUGCCGCACAUGCUCUCGGUGACGUCGUUUAUGUUGAGCUUCCCACCGUCCCAUUAGAGGUCGGCGCUGGUGAUGCCAUUGGGGCCGUAGAGUCUGUCAAGAGCGCAUCCGAUAUCAACAGCCCUAUCACUUGCAAGAUUGUGCAAGCUAAUACGAUGUUGGAGGAAGCACCAAGCACCAUCAACAAGGGUCCCGAAGAUGAAACAAGUGCCGGAGGUUGGGUGGCCAAGGUUGAAGUUGGGGAACAAGGAGUUAAGGACUUGGAAGGGUUGAUGGAUGAAAGUGCUUACAAGACAUUUAUUGAGGAAUAAGCAGCGCGAUGGGAGUUGGUGUAUGACGAGAAACGAGAGCAUGAUUGCAUGGACGGGCGGGGCAUAGCAUAGACGGAGGAUUCAACUCAACAUUGAUGAAUGUGUAUUUGGGAAUGGAGUUUAUUCAACAAACAUAAGGGUUGGAGGGGAAUGACACUGGAUUUGCUACAUUUAUACAUGUAUGCAGCUUGUAGCCUUCUUGGAACAUGUUUGAAAGCUAUUGGUGGUCCAGCCAGUCAAUCUAUGUAAAGGAAAAGUUUACUUUUGUAGCCUAUGUGUCUGUGAAAAACGAAGUCAUUCGGGGCUUCAACUAUGCAUUACCACCCUCCUUAAUGACAGGUCGAUUAAGGUUGAUGGCCUCCAGUAUUUUGGCAGCACCCUUGCUAACCAAGUCUUGAGCAAGAGACCAUCCAAACUCAUCAGCGUCUUUUGGUGUUAGGAUCUCCUCCAACCUCUCUGAUUCCACACUCUCUGUGCCAUCAAGACUGACAACGAUAGCCUUCAUUAACAAUUUCCCCUUUUCGAUCCAGGUCGUCUCAACUCCGAUCGGCACACUGCAUCCACCCUCCAGAGUUCUCAUCAAACUUCGUUCUGCCAACCCCGCCAAUUGAGUCGGUUCAUGUUGUAACGCAGAGAUCAUCGUGCUGAUUUCUUCGUCGCCAUCUCUAACCUCCAAAGCCAAUGCACCUUGUCCCACAGCAUGCAACAUACCGCCACCCUCUGUUUUACUAUCCAGAUACUGCGUGAUCCUCUCUCCCCAACCCAUUCUUAACAAACCCGCCGCCGCUAAAAUCAAACAUGAAUACUUCCCAUCAUCCGCAUCCAGCUUGUUCAAUCUAGUUCCAAUGUUGCCUCUCGCGUUCUCAAACUUUAACUCGGGGUACUUCCUAGCUAUCUGCGCGCUUCUUCUCACACUACUCGUUCCCACAACGCUUCCUGCUGGCAGCUCUGACAAGCUCUUAUAGGUGCUUCCUGCCUUCAUGAUCAACGCAUCUCGAGGAUCCUCUCGUUCAAGAAUUGCACCAAUUAUACAUUUAGUCGGUAACUGCGUCGGCAUAUCUUUAAGACAGUGAACCACAAUAUCCAACUUCCUGUCCAGUAAUAAAGCCUCAAGUUCAUGCGUCCAUAAACUCUUUGCGCCGAAAUCAUGCAGAGCAGUUACUUGAUUCUUGUCGCCCAUCGUUUCCAAUUUGGUAAUCUCGAAGUUUAAAUGGGGAUGAGCUUUUUCGAGCGCAGCUUUUACUUGCUCAGUUUGCACCAUGGCGAGUGCAGAUUUGCGUGUGCCAAUAUGAAUAGUGGCUGGCUUCUCAUUUUGGGAUGUCUCGCGUUCGGAUUGGUGAUCGAGGGCGCGGAGGGGUGCAGCGUCUUUGGAUGACUUUUCUUGGGUACUGGUAGUGGGGUCAAGAACGGAGCGGGAGGAUGUAGAUUCUUUUUGUUCAUGAGUUGCCAUUUUAAAUUGGGUAUGAAUUGAAAGUUACUGGAGCUUUCAAUUUGGAUCUGGGCUAUAGAGGUAUUGGAGUCGGGAGGUGGAAGAGCAGC